UCUUCUCCAGCAUCACUCCCUCUUCGCUCCUUCCAGAGGAUGUGUCGGCGUGCUGUGCACCUGCUUCCAGCCUCGUAUUAUUACACUCAGGGGUUUCAAUAACCCAUAUUUUUAAAUAAAUCGUUAACAAAUAUCCAAUCCGACCAUCUUUCUGCAGGAGAGACGCCAUUGAUGCACAGAAACAACAACAGAGGAUGUGUUGAUUUUUCUCCUCUAGCAGUGAGACAGCAUCUUUACCGGUGACACAUCAUCAGCCCUACAAGUGGAUCAGGCGUCCAGGACAGCAUGUCAGACAAAAGUGACCUAAAGGCAGAGCUGGAGCGCAAGAAGCAGCGCCUCGCCCAGAUCAGGGAGGAGAAGAAACGAAAGGAGGAAGAGAGGAAGAAGAAGGAGAAGUCAGACAGCCAGCAGAAAACUGAAGUGACCCCAGAGGAUUCGGACUUGGACCGCAAGCGUAGGGAGACUGAGGCCCUGCUACAGAGUAUUGGCAUCUCCCCAGAACCUCCACUAGUCCCGACACCGGUGUCCCCGUCCAAAUCAGUGAGCACGCCCAGUGAGGCGGGGAGCCAGGACUCAGCCGAGGGAGGGGCAGCGGGCAGGUUUAGGUCAGGUUUCUCUAAAAACAAGCCUCAAGCUCAGAGUUCAAGGACACUGCAAUGGGACACAGACCCCUCUGUGCUGCAGCUGCAGGCUGAUUCUGAGCUUGGGCGCAAGAUGCUGAGGCUUGGAGCCUCUAAGAUCACACAGGUAGACUUCCUUCCCAAAGAGGUGGUCUCUUACUGCAAGGAGACACAAACACCAGUCAACACCCUGCUUUCUGAAGUAGAGGAAGAAGAGGAGGAUGAAGAGAUGUUGGAAGCAAAGCCUGGCCCAGAGAAUGAGUUGCGGGAUGAUGAUGAUAACAAGGAGACCAAAGAUGGUUGUUUUCCUUUCCUGCGAGAGCUGACGGAAGAGGAGCGACAACAGAUCCUGCACUCCUCUGAGUUUCAAAGCUUUUUCGACUGUAGCAUUCGGGUGAUGGAGAGAGCGCUCGCAGAGGACGGUGACAUUUUCUUUGACUACAGCGGCCGUGACCUGGAAGACAAAGAAGGGGACUUGGGAAGCGGCUCCAGUUUAUACUUGAGCAGACUCUUUUAUGAUGAGCACUGGUCAAAACAUCGUGUUAUUACGUGUCUCGACUGGUCCCCUCAGUAUCCUGAAUUACUGGUUGCAUCCUACAAUAACAAUGAAGAUGCACCCCAUGAACCAGAUGGUGUCGCCCUAGUGUGGAACAUCAAGUUCAAGAAGGCUACACCAGAGUACAUCUUUCACUGUCAGUCUCCGGUGGUAUCUGUUGGUUUUGCCAAGUUUCAUCCCAACUUGGUGGUUGGAGGGACUUACUCAGGGCAGAUCGUUCUGUGGGACAACCGCAGUCACCGACGGACCCCUGUCCAGAGGACACCUCUAUCUGCUGCAGCACACACUCACCCCGUCUACUGUGUGAACGUGGUCGGCACCCAGAACGCCAACAACCUGAUCAGCGUGUCGACAGAUGGGAGGUUGUGUUCGUGGAGUCUGGAUAUGCUUUCUCAGCCUCAGGAGACCAUGGAGCUUGUGUACAAUAAAUCUAAGCCUGUUGCUGUGACUGGUAUGGCUUUCCCCACGGGAGAUGUCAACAACUAUGUGGUGGGGAGCGAAGAGGGCACCGUGUACACUGCAUCCAGACAUGGAAGUAAAGCGGGAAUCUGUGAAAUGUUCGAGGGCCACCAGGGGCCGGUCACUGGCAUCAGCUGUCACAGCGCAGUGGGGACAGUAGACUUCUCCCACCUGUUUAUUACAUCUUCCUUCGACUGGACAGUCAAGCUCUGGAGCACCAAGCACAACAAGCCUCUGUACUCUUUUGAGGACAACGCCGACUAUGUUUAUGACGUCAUGUGGUCACCUGUGCAUCCCGCCAUGUUUGCUGCCGUGGACGGCAUGGGUCGCCUGGACCUAUGGAACCUCAACAACGACACUGAGGUUCCAACUGCCAGCGUGACUAUUGAGGGAGCCUCUGCUCUGAACCGGGUCCGUUGGUCGUCAGGAGGGAAGGAGGUGGCCGUGGGCGACUCAGAGGGUAGAGUUUGGAUCUACGAUACGGGAGAGCUCUCCGUGGUCCACCCUGAAGACUGGACGCACUUUGCCCGCACGCUGGCAGAGAUCCGCGCUAACCGAGCCGAUGGUGAGGAGGAGGGCCCUAUGGAGCUGGCUUCAUAGAAAAGGACUCCAAAACCAGAAGUGACUGGAGAGCAGAGAGCUGGUGGAAUUCAGUCGGCAUCCCUGUAGCAUGUGAUCUUCACUCCGUUUUUCUUUUCUCCUCUUUCAUGCACAUCUUCAUGUGUGCUCAGAGCAAAGCGGAGCUUUUAUUUAAAACUCUUUGUAAGUGACCUCUAUUUUUCUGUCUUUAUUGACUGAUUUAUUUAUUGACUUCAGGUGGUGUGUUGCUUGCAUCUUGUGAGCCUACAGUAUAGAGAGGCAGUAUUAUAGCCUUAUGAAAAUAUGUGUACUGCAACAAAGCUUUGCACAGCUUUAACAAUAAAGCCAGACUAUAAAGUUUUGUCAUGUACUGUUUACAAAUAUAACUAUCAAAUUUACAUGCAGCUUUUUUUCCCCCUUGAUUUAAAUCUGCAUGAUAAACAUGUCUAAUGUUCUUUAUUUCAGUCAGCUGUGAUAAACUGUGACAAGAGUUUUACUGUAACUCAGAGCAAUCGCUGUGAAACCUGCUAUGUUUGCUAAUAAAGCAUAACUAACAAA